AUGAGCAGUUACUUAAAUAUUAUACAAAACAACAAACCCAGCAAAGCACUAUCACUCAUAAAGUCUCGCCUUUCAAUUAAAAAUGCACCUGUAGAGAUUUUAUUUCGCAAUAAGAAAAGCUUAACUUUGCCAAAUCCAUCGCUAAAAAAUUUACAGUUAAUCGAUGGUUUUACUGCGUCUGAACUCAAAAGAAAAUUUUUUGUACCUGGAUCAAAGACUAAAAUUUUAGAAGAGUUGGUAAAAGAAUAUAAAAAAGGAAAUUUGUCUAUGUCUGGAAUAUCAAAAACUUCAAAAUAUAAGGAACAAGAAUUAGAUCAGGAAAAAUUAAAUAAAAUAAUAAGGCAGUACAAAAAAGUUCGAAAAAAGAGUAUAGCAAGCAUUAACGAAAUGAAAUACUCAGAUAAAGACUCCUUAAAAAGAAAGUUUUCUUUAGCAGGGUCUAAAGGAAGAGUCUUUACUGAAAUGAUUGAAGAUUUUAGAAAUGGAAAAAUAUCUCUAACCAAAUUAACUCAUUCUAAAACAUAUCCUAAGAAAUUUAACAAAGAUCAAAUGAAUGAAUUGCUUAAAGUUUAUGAAGAUUCUAAAAAGAGAAAGAGGGUUUAUUUCCCAUCAAAAGUAUUGACAAUAAAGUCCUUUUACGAUGAUUUAUGGGAAAGUAAAUCAAAGAAAGAUAAGUUUUCAGAACCAUAUUGGAAGGAUAAAUAUGAAUCUACUUAUUAG